AUGUCGGGAGUCGCCAUAGCCAUCAAUGCGGCCAUUUCGGGCGCCGCCUACUGCAUGACAGUGCGGAUGAUACCCCGCUUCCGCGAGAUGUUCAUCAAGGCCAAUCUCUUUGGCAGAGAUCUGUGCAAGAAGGACAAGCCGCAGGUACCUGAAUCCUUUGGCGUGCUGAUUGGCUGUGUGUUCCUGGUGUCCUUGUUUCUGUUCAUACCGAUUCCCUUCGCCUUCGAUGAGGCAGCUGCCACGGACGCGAUUACUGGAGGCAAACCCGAUACCUUUCCACAUGAUAAGUUCGUGGAAUUGAUUGCCGCCCUUCUGUCCAUUUGCUGCAUGAUCUUCCUGGGCUUCGCCGAUGACGUUCUCGACCUGCGAUGGCGCCACAAGCUUCUGUUGCCCACCAUCGCCACGUUGCCGCUGCUAAUGGUCUACUAUGUCAACUAUAACUCCACGACGGUCAUCAUGCCCAACUUUGCGAGAAAUCUGUUUGGGACCUCCUUGAAUAUAGGUGCCCUGUACUACGUCUUCAUGGGCAUGUUGGCGGUAUUCUGCACAAAUGCCAUCAACAUCCUGGCGGGCAUCAAUGGCCUGGAGGUGGGGCAAUCCUUGAUAAUUGCGGGCUCCAUUCUGGUCUUCAAUGUCAUCGAACUGUUGCUCGGUCACCAGGUGGAUUCGCAUAUAUUCUCCAUUUACUUCAUGCUGCCUUUCCUGGCCACCACCCUUGCGCUUUGGAAGUUCAACAAAUAUCCAUCGCAGGUGUUUGUUGGGGACACCUACUGCUACUUUGCCGGCAUGACUUUCGCCGUGGUUGGCAUCCUGGGCCACUUCAGCAAGACGCUGCUGCUCUUUUUUCUGCCGCAGAUCCUAAAUUUCCUGUACUCCACGCCGCAGCUGUUCCACUUUGUGCCAUGUCCGCGUCACCGGCUGCCCAAGUACGACAGCAAGACGGAUCUGCUCCACAUCAGCACCACGGAGUUCCGCCUGGAUGAUCUCAAUGCUCCGGGUCGCCUGAUGGUCACAGUAUUGCGGAACUUGCGACUGAUUAGCUGGCAUACCAAAGCGGACGGAGUUGUAAGGACCAACAACUUUACGCUCAUUAACUUCGUCCUCGUCGUUUUCGGACCUGUCCACGAGCGAGUGGUCACCCAGAUGUUGAUGGGUUUCCAGGUGCUGUGCACACUGAUUGCCCUGACCAUACGAUAUCCCCUGGCCAACUACUUCUAUGCGAAAACGUAGCCCUCGAUACCAUGAUUCUUCGAUUCUGAUAUUUAUUGUAGUAAGCCUUUGCUAAGUUAACUAUACAAACAGAAUACAUUUAUUUAAUGCCUACACAAAAUAUUUCCCGAACAUAAUUCGUAAGUAAAAAUCUGUACUUCACUCGGCAAUAAAGAACCGAAAGGAGCAAGUUAA